UAAUAGUUAUACUUGCAGAAAAACUAUGGUGGGUUUCAUGAAAAAUUUAUGAUCAUUAACGAUCGUGAGACUGGAAGGUCAAAGGAAUUCGGAUUCGUCACCUUCAAGGACGAGAAAUCCAUGAGGGAUGCUAUUGAAGAGAUGAACGGGAAAGAGCUUGUUGGCCGCACCAUCACUGUGAAUGAGGCUCAGUCAAGAGGAAGCGGCGGCGGUGGAGGAGGCCAUGGUGGUUACCGUGUCGGCGGUGGUUAUGAGAGACGUAGCGGUGGUUACCUAUCUGGUGGAGGCGGCGGUGGCCGAUGUGGACACGGUGGUCGUUGUGAAGGCGGUAGCGGUUGUUGAUAAUAAUUGAGUUUAGGCUUAUGUUAUUUUAUAUAAGUAUAUUAUUAAGUGUGUUGUAAUGUCAAAUGUUAUGUGUAAACCGUGACGUGUUACGAAGCGUUGUUAGUGUAGGAAGUUGCAAUGGUUGCUUUGUGUCUUUAGGAAAACUACAUAAAGUGGAUGUUUUCUUAUUGUAAAAGUUGUUGAGAAUAAUUGAGAAGUUUUUCACUUUUUCA